AGGAAAAAAAAUUUUAAAAAAAAAUAAUAAUAAUAAUAAUAAAACGAGCCGCGUAAGCGUAUUUGGUUUUUUUUUUCCCCCCCGUCAUUUCCACGCGGCACACAGCAGUCCACGUCGCGCGCGGCCAGCACCACCGCGGCAGAAUAACACAGACGUCGCGCGCGUGCCACACUCGUCACACGCACUUACGCGCGAACACGCACACGCACUCGUUUUUUCCAGUCAGUCUCUCAGUCCGGUCGACCGCACGACGACGACGACGACGACACCACCGACAGUCCGCCACCGGGGUGACAAGACCGACGUCGUUAUUAGCGCGCACCGUUCAACGCGCCACGGCCGUUGUUCAUCGUAAAAAUAUCGUUCGGACGGUUAGGUUUUUCGAUUGUUUUCCAAUUGUUGUUGUUUCGACGUUUCCCUCCCAUAUAACGAUAAUCGUUAUAUUUUUAAAUUCAAUAUACGCGCGAUUCGAUACGGCGAGCGCGCGCUCGCGCCCGUGCAUUAAUUAAUCCCACACCGGCGCCGCGUCGCUAAUUGAACGGAUCGUCGAAUACUAUAACAUAGACGCGCGUGUGCGGUCGUCGCAAUCCACGAAAAGACGACUCCGUGUGACAUCUCGAAUUUCACUUCGUUCGUACGUUAUAGAUUUUUUUUUUUUUUUUUUUUCCCCCGUUUUCCUACCACCGCUCGGUCUUGUGGUCGUUGUAACACCACUAUUGGCCACUGUUGUGCUGCCCUUCAGCACGGUUUCACGGUGCAACCCAACGGUCCGGCAGCGGUAUACCAACGCAAAGGGUAAACCGAUCAUCGCGUGGUCCGACAACUGACCGCCGCUGCAGUGCGAUAUCGCAACGAGUAUUAUGGUGAUACGCGUGGACUACUUCGGUACGGUCGGACGGUUGAGACGGCAGUGGCAGCACGUGGUGUCUUCCGGAUCGAUAGUUACGGUGGUGAUAAAAAUGCGCCUGCACCAGCGACACCGCCAGAUGUACCGCCGUUCGUUAUCGUGUUGCUGCUAACACACCGGACGACAGCACAACAACCGCGAGCACCAGCAUAUAGGAGCUGUCCGGGAGACGAACGUUCAGCAGUGUGGUAGCGGCCAUCGCUGUCAAUCAAUGAUUGAUCGUUAGCACAGCAAUACCAGACGGAACAGCAACAUUUUGCGGUCGCUGCGAUAUUAUGCUAUAUACCUGCAGUCAGGUGCAGUGGCGACGGCGGCCUACUACAGCAGUGGCUGUGUUGUUGGCGGUCACGAUAAUACUAACAGGCGUGUCGACGGCACAGCAGUUGAAACAACAGCGAACGGCACCGGCGAAGAGCGCACUUCAGGCUUCUUCAGCGUCAUCACAUUCUCAGAUUAAUAUUAAUUAUUUCCCCGUAAACGAAGCUAACUCACCAUUGGCCGUUUUGGAUUUACUCGAAGCUACUAUGCAAAUAUACCACAGUUAUCAUAAUCAUUACAGCGGUAGUACAACUAAAAAUGAUUCCACGACUAGUUUCACGAUGGGAGUGGUACUCGUGGCCAUAUCGGACGACGAAUUUUCGAAUUCGGACGUGUUUCCGCCAAACCGUUUGAGGCCAGCGUACAGCAUGCAAGGUACGUCGAGACAGCUAAAAGUUCCCGACAUCGUGUACAAGCGUGCUGUUCAGUUACUCAGGGACGCCGACGAGCUGACGAUAGCGGCGGUCGUGCGGCAAGAACGUGCCAACACUGGAUCCAUAGUGUCGUUUUCGCUGGACUCCAACAGAUAUUUGGAACUGGAGUCGAGCGGGCGCAAGGACGAGGUGAGAUUGCAUUACGUGUCCCAAGGCGGUCGUCGCGUCCACACCGAGGUGUUCGCGUACGCCCUGGCCGACGGCAACUGGCACGCCGUGGCCGUUACGCUGAGCGGCGCCCAGGCCCGUCUGUUCAUCGACUGCCGGCUCGUGUACACGCGCACGUUGCCUGCUGGUCCGGCCGAUACCAGUUUCGCGGGAUCGCCGGACUUGUACGUGGGCCAGCGCAACAGAGGAGUGCAUUCAAUUUUCAAGGGCCUCAUGCAAGACGUGCGGUUGAUCAGAGGAGCGGACGGACAGCGCGUGCAGUGCCCUAGCCUGGACACAUCGUGUCCGACAUGCGGUCAGUUCAUCGCCAUGCAAAAAACGAUGGAAAACUUGAAUAAAAUCGUGCACUUGUUGAGCAAUAAGCUCGAAGCGGCUGAAACGAGAAUUGCCGAGCUAGAAACGUGCGAAUGUCGUAAACCGUGUUUGCAGAUUGACGAACGGAACAACACCAUGGUAAAGAUCGACGGGUCGGUGUGGCAACACGAGUGCGAUAUGUGCACAUGUAUGCGCGGUCGGGUCGAAUGUUCGCCCAUCAGAUGUCCGCCGGUCGAUUGCAAGUUCCCCACGCGGAAACCUGGUGAAUGCUGCGAGACCUGUCAGAAGCCAUGCAGAGCAAAAGGCGAUGUCGUAGUAGAACACGGCGACACUAUUAAUUACGAGCCGUGUUUGAGUUGUAACUGUCUCAAUGGUGUACUGAAAUGUGAUAAAGUCGAUGCGAAAACUCAGUGUCCAGUCUUGGAGUGUGACGUGUCUGAACAGUUCUCUGUUCCCGAUCAGUGUUGUAAAUUUUGCCCAGGCGUCGAUUAUUGCGCUCGAGGUGGACGUGACUCGUGUCAUCCGAAUGCUACUUGUAUCAAUCUAAAAACCACACACAAGUGUGCUUGCGCUGUUGGCUAUGCUGGCUCCGGUUUACAGUGUGAUGACGUCGAUGAAUGCUUGAGCAUCGGCGGUCAAAACGGUCAUCAUUGCGACGCGAACACGACGAUCUGCGUGAACACGCCCGGCUCGUACACGUGCAGGUGUAACGCCGGAUACGCGCGACUGAAUCGGUUCGAAUGCGCUGACAUCGACGAGUGCAGCAGCGACGAGGAGCCGCCGUGCCACGUGCACGCCACGUGCACGAAUUCGCCCGGAAGUUACAGUUGCAAGUGCUUGGACGGUUACGAAGGUGACGGAUAUACCUGCAGACCCGUGUGCCAACAGAAAUGUCUGAACGGCGGCGUGUGCGCGCGCCCCGGCGAGUGUUCGUGCCCGAACGCGUUCGAGGGACCGGCCUGCGAGCUGGACGUGGACGAAUGCGCGACCGGCGCGCACGGGUGUCUCGGCCCGUCGUCCCGCUGUGUCAACAUGGCCGGAUGGUACUAUUGCGCGUGCAGCCCCGGCUACCAGAGCGUCAUCAUGACGUAUCCAGCUUCGUCGGCCGCCGUGGCCACCACGGCCGCGCCCGCCAACGACUUGAACGUCCUGGUACCCACGUGGUCGCCUUCGCUGGGCACGACGUGCCAAGAUGUCGACGAAUGCGCGACAAACAAUCACACUUGUCACCCAUCGGCUACGUGCGUGAACACCGUGGGCUCGUAUGAAUGCAAAUGCACGACGCAAAUUUCGUCUUCCAACACUGGUAACGCCUCGUCAGAAUGCAAAUCGAGUUGCGUGCACAAGGAUAGCAAAAACGUCAGCACCGAAGUGGACGACGGUGGAUGGUUCGUACCCAAGGAGUGUACUAACUGCACGUGCACCAGUGGACGUUUGUUGUGCACGCGCAUCGAGUGUGAUUGCGCGGUCGACGAUCACGUGCAGUCGGUCUGUUGCGCCCAUUGCAACGCACAAGCGUCGUGUGCUCACCAAGAGCUGCCGAACGUGAGGUUUCGCAGUGGCCAACAAUGGAUUUAUCAGUGUCAGACGUGCGAAUGUUUGUUAGGCCAAGUUGAUUGCUGGCCUAUGCAGUGCCCACCGGUUCUGCCCUCGGGAGUGGGUGGAUGCGCAGCGGACUCCACAGCGUCAACGUUUGCAGACUACAACAAUCCGGUGGCCGAUUGUUGCGCGCCGAGGUGCGAUUCAAAAGUCUCGUUGUUGUCUUCGUCUGCCACGCUCACCUCGACCGCGGCCACGGCAACCGAUCCGUGUACCGAACUCGACGAGUACCACGAUGGAAGCGGCGGCGGCGUUAGUGGUGACGGCGACGACGACAAAAACGGCAACAAAUCUUUGCCGCAGACAGCAGGCGGUAGACCAUGUUUAUAUGAAGGAAGUACUUAUCAGUCGGGAGCUCGUUGGGAUGAUCCAGGAGACAUGUGCACUUCGUGCGAUUGCAAGGUGCCGCCAUACUGCGCCCAAUCGGUGAGCAAUAUCGCGUGUUGUGUGCAUCGGACGGAGUACUAUGUUGUUCUUUUAACGUGCACCACUGCAAUAAAAGUGCUAUUGCCCGAGCAACAAGCAAUAAUGCAACGAACGAAGACGUCGGCUACGAUGUGUCUACUUAUCAGCCUCGUCGUGUUUCAAACGAAGACACCAUCAGCAGCGGCGGCGGUGGCGGCGGCGGCGACGGUGGCGGAGGCGAGCCUGCCGAGGAUACGACACUACGGGAAGACGCUGAUGAGCGGAGCGUUCGGCAUCGGAGACAGGCUGAAGUGGUCGCCGACGGCGGGGACACUUUCGAUGUUACUGUUGUUGAACACCGCGAUUAUAAUAAUAAUAAUAAUCUUAACAAAAAAGACUGGUGGUGGAGGAAGACGAGACGACGGAAAAGGAGAAGGCCUCAGAAUACGGGUAGCAAUCGGCAUCGAACCAAUGGCAUUACUAGUAGCGGAAAAACUUUCGACAGUAACUAAUGAUAAUUUUAUCGGUAAUAAUUACGACGUUUAUGGUAAAAAUGAAGACAAUAAUAUUAAUAAUAAUAAUGAUAAUAAUUGUAACGAUAACCACCGCGAUAGAACUGCUGUAAAGACUGUUGUAAUUUAAAAGUAGAUUUUAUUUAUUGCGUUUGAUGUUUGAGCGUUGAACGUGUCAGACGGGUCGAGAGAAAAUAAAAACUGUAAACGGCACCAGCGGCAACAUGAAUAUACAUAAUAUUAUAUGACAUUUGAAUAGUCUACGACACGGUAUUAUAAUUAUUAAAAUUAUAUCGAUGUUGAUAAUGAUGAUGAAGCUGGUGACGAUAGUAAUAAUAAUAAUCAAAUCAAAUGUACUUGAACGCAAUAAAGUAGUCGCGUUGUACCUAUUCAUAUUUUUUUGGUUUUAAUUUCAAUAUACUCGUUCGAAAUCGUUGCCAUCGCUGUUUACUAUUUCCGCUGUGAUAAUAUGUAAUACAAAUAAUUUUAAUGCUAUUAGUGUAACAUGUAUACAUUAUUUAUGUACACACAGCCUUUAUCGUCCCUCUCCUUUCCGCUGUAAAUUUGUUAUAUUUUGUAAUUUUUAAACUGUACUAUUAUAAUAUUAU